CAGAAGGAAUGUUUCCAGGUCCCCAGGGGACUUGAAGACCGUAGGAUGGACUGCCCAAGGGGCAGGAGAUCCGGGGAAGGCAGGACGCGUCCCCAGGUUGAGCCGCACUAAAGUCCGGGUAGUCUAGGGCUGCCCUAAUCCAAGAUGGCGGCCGUGUAAUUGGGCGCGACGCUAAGAGCGUGCGCGGAGUGACCGCUGAAUCCUCUGACGUCAGACGCAAAUGCGGAAGUGAAGGGAUUUAACCGGCGAUUUGAAUUCUAGUGGCGCCUAAGCUGGUUGCGGACUUAGAAUUUUGGCGUGUCUCCCUGCCUAGGCUGUAAGAUGUCCACUCCUGCUAGAGAGGAUUCGAAUGCUAAGAGACUUAAGAAGUCUAAACAUUUGCAAUGUAGAGCAUGUGAUCAAAAUUCCCUGAAGGCUAUGACAAGAGAUUGUGCAUGGACUGCAUGACGUGUAUUGCCAAGAAACAGGGUUCGGAAUCUGUACCCUCUACUACCUGGAUAAAAGAUUUUAUAAAAUCUACAAUGCAGGAGAUGAUGGCAGAAUUACAGGAUUCUAGACUGCCAGAAGGUCCUCUGGAUUCUCCAGUAUUGUCAGGAGAAGAUUCAUCCUCGGAGGAGGAGUCUCUAGCAUUAUUUGCAACAGAUAAUACGGCUAGACUAAUUAAGAAAGUUAGAUCCACUAUGGAUUAUUUUGAGGAAAUAGAAGCUCUACCCUCGACUUCUCAGGUUACAAAGAGGUCUAAAACUUUUCCGGUACAUUCGGUCAUGAAAGAGCUUAUGAAAAGAGAAUGGAAAGAGCCAGAAAAGGCACCUACUAUAACUAAGAGACAUAAGCUUCUAUUCCCAAUACAAGAGGAGGAACUGCAGUCCUGGGAAGCUCCUCCCAAAGUGGAUAUAGCGAUAGCUAGGCUGUCCAAAAAGACUGUCAUUCCUGUAGAAGAUGGAUCAGGAUUAAAAGAUCCAAUGGAUAGGAAGGCAGAUAGUAUUCUGAAAAGAUCUUACACUGCUGCAGUGGCAGCAUGUAAACCAGCUUUGGCAGCUUCGGGAGUGGCACGCUCCACUAGAUUCUGGUUGAAGCAGCUGGAUGAAGAUAUCACUAACCGCAUAGCUAGAGAAGAGUUAUCUAGUUCUCUUUCCAAGAUCAGUAUGGCUAUUGAUUUCCUAUGUGAUGCUACUGUGGAAGGUGUUAAGUUAUCUGCUAAGGCUAUGGCAUUAUCUACGGCAGCUAGAAGAGCCUUAUGGCUAAGAAAUUGGUCAGCUGACGCAGUUUCAAAAAAUAGCCUCUGUACUAUGGCUUUUGAGCCAGGACAUUUGUUUGGUGCCGAAUUGGACAAGUUACUGGAAUCUUUGUCAAGUUCUAAGGGUAAACGUCUGCCGCAGGAGAACUUUAGAAGGAACAGGAGAUCCUUUUUUAGAGCUAGAAGAUCUCCAGUUCGUGAUUCAGAAUUCCAGAAGGAUAAAAGAAAGAGAGACAAUGAUUCCUUUCGACCCUUCAGAGCUAACAAGGGAGGAGAUAGACCAUCCUUCCAGAAAAAGAAGUCGUCUUUCUGA